CUCCUCCCUGCCUUUCCUUCCUUCCUUUUUUUUUUUUAAAUGCCCAGUCUCGGGCGGGAGCUCAGGCUGUGGACUCACCGCUAGACGCCGAGGUGGCUGCGUGCUUUGCUGCUUGGCAGGGCGGCUGUGUGCGGAGAUUUCCUCUUCUGGAGUCGUUCUCCCUCCCCGCCCUCUAUUUCUGCUGAUUUUGGCAUUCCCUGUUUCCAAUGGUAAAGUUUCCGCCAGAUCGAGUGACUUUGAAAAGUACACUUAAGUGUAGCCUUCCAAACCAAGGUGACUUCCAGAUAUGUGGACUUCAGUUCCCAGAAAAUUUAAGAGAAUGCUGGCUGAGAGUUUUGGAAAUUGAAAUCUCUGCAUCAGGAGGGUUCUUACUAAAUGAGAGGCCAAUGCCAGGAUCUCACCCAGUCUCACCCAGUAUGGGGCAAGAAAUAUUUCAGAAAGGAAUCAUGGUCUCUGAUGCUGUGCUGAAAUCUGUUCUUCAGCUUCCUGAAAAUCUGAAAAAUAAAUUUCUGGUUUUUUACCUUAUUCUGAGCUUAUAUCUACCAUAUAUACCAGCCACCAGAAGCCAUGUUUUGGAAGCUAUGCUAAAGGAUUUGGAAAAGAUUAAAGUCAGCCCUGAGAUCGAUGCCUAUUUAUAUACUGCAGAUUUAAAUUACCCUAGUUAUUGUAAUCAAUCAGUGAUGAAAUGCUUUCAACUUGAGAUGGAAGUAGUGUCGUAUGAAUCUAAAUUUGGGGAUCGAAAAUUUUAUGAUAGUGUGAAUAGUAUAGUCAGACUUGUUAAAUAUUUACUACCCAUUGAAACGAAUACAGAUACACAGACCUGCCAACGAUGUGAAACAUAUAAAGAAAAAAAAUAUUCAGACUUUAUAACAGACUUCAUGUUUGUUAUACAGCGGAUCAACCGAGAAGAGACAAAAGUGAAAAUUGGGCACUGAGAUACUUCAUUGAAGCUGGAAGAAAUAAUUUAUUUCAUCUUUGAAAAGAUAGUUUCUGAAUGGUUAGCCUAAUUCCAUCUCUCUUUUUCUUUGUUGUCUUCCAUUCUGGGAGUUUGAAGUAGAGGUAGUCCUCAUUUAGUGACUGCCUUGUUUAGUGAACAUUUGUGGUUACAAUUAUGAAAAAGUAACUUUGCAACCAAUCCUUGCAUUUACAAGUUUCGGGGAUCUGUACAGCAAAGGAAAUUUAAGUAAGAUCAUGGACACAGUUGAAUUUUCACUUAGCAAUUACUUAAUGACAAUUGUCGGUCCCAAUUGGGAUAGCUAAACAAGUACUACCUGUAACUAAAUUAGCUGAACCACACAUCUAUGCGCUAAUUUUAAAAGGAGUUUGCUUUCUGCUUCAAGAGACAAGAUCGCAUUUAUAUACUGGAAUGCUGGAAAAGAGGCAGAGAAUCCAAAGAGGAGGAAAUUGGGGAACAUCAGGAUAGAGUUGGCUUUGGACAGUGACUGAAAAUGUGAAAAAAAUAGGUACACAUUCAGAAACAAAUGCAAUUGAAUGGACUUCAUGAAAUCCAGGCAUGCAGAAUAGCAUAGCAGCCAAAAACCUGGUAAUUUACAAUGAUGUAGCAAGUCAAACCUGGUUGUACAAGGGCAAAAAAG